AAUAGGGUUGCGCUGCAGUCACUCGGGCGGAGUCGUUCUGUAAAUCGGGUGCACGAGCCAUCUAAAUUUACACUUUAUAUUACUUUCCAACGAUCGGGUACAAUUGGAUUCACUACCCUGACUUAUACCGAGGAACGAAACUUUAUUUUCUUGUAUCAGUUGGUCUUUUUCUACUGGAAGAACCAUCGGAUCUUCCAGUUACCACAGCCUUUACGGGAAGGAAGGAAGAUUUAGUCGGGUUAGCUAGCUUUUGACUGGGCCCCUAUCACGCAAGUCAGGGGAGCACACAUGACUUAUCUUCUGCAGGCCUUUUGCAAAUGGGAUCACUCUGUCUAAAGCACCAUGCGGGUGCCAUGGAACAUUGGCCCAUUAAUAUGACCUGAAGAACUUCAUGAGAUUAUUUUCAAAACUCCUGAGAAUGAUAUAAGACGCUCAACGCUUUUGUUAGGACAUUUACAAAUUGCUGUGUGGUGUAUGUAAUUUUUUUGCUUCUUUAAAAAAAAUCUUAAGUACGGUGAUCCUCAUCUGGAAGGAUUUGUCAUUAUCGUGAAAUAUCAGCUGUGAAAUAGUAAGUAAUAUCAAGAUGAGUGCUGAAGGAUACCAGUACCGGGCGCUUUAUGACUAUAAGAAGGAAAGGGAAGAAGACAUUAGUCUGCAUGUAGGGGACAUCUUGAUAGUUAGCAGAGGUGCCUUGUCGGCCCUUGGCUUCGCAGAAGGCAUGGAGGAAAAGCCAGAGGACAUAGGCUGGCUGCCUGGUUUCAACGAAACCACCCAGGAGAAGGGGGACUUCCCUGGGACCUACGUGGAGUUCAUUGGGAAGAAGAGGAUUUCGCCUCCCACCCCAAAACCAAGACCUCCCAGGCCUCUACCUGUCGCCCCGGGUCCAACGAAGACUGACUCGGACAGCGAACAAGCCUCUACGCUGUUGGACCUGAUGGAGCAGUUUGCGCCGCCUGAAGUCGCUCCCCCCAUGCUACUGCGUCUGAUCGGGGCCAUCGAGCGAAAGGGUUUGGACAACCCCACGCUGUAUCGCACCUUCACUGCAGGUGGUGGCCUGGAGGUCCGGCAGUGCUUUGAUGGCGAUGCCCCCAUGUCAGACCUAGACCAGUUUGACCUGCCCGUGCUGUGUGACGGACUGAGGCGCUACUUGCAAGACCUUCCCCAGCCGGUCAUCCCUGCUGCCGUCUACACCGAUUUGGUCCUCAUUGCCCAAGAGGUGGCGAGCCCAGACGAUUGUUCUGUGCGUCUGCGUCGUGUGCUGCAGUCCCAGGCGGUGCCCCCGCAGCACUGGCUGGCGCUCCAGUUCCUCUUGCGCCACUUGGCCCACGUGUGCCAGGCAUCGACCCGCAACCUGCUCAGCGCCCGCGCCCUGGGAGAGAUCUUCAGCCCACUGCUCUUCAGGCAGCAGGCCGCUAGCUGUGAACCCAGUCCAGACUCCCACAUAAGGAUCAUCGAAGUUCUGGUCACCAGCGAGUGGGGCGACACUCAGGCUGCACCAGCCCUACCUCCAAAACCACCCAAGCCCACCCCUGUGACUAACAACGGUAUGAACAACAACAUGGCGCUACAGGACGCCGAGUGGUACUGGGGAGACAUCUCAAGGGAGGAGGUCAACGAGAAACUCAGAGACACUCCUGAUGGUACGUUUCUUGUGAGAGAUGCUUCAACCAAAAUGCACGGAGACUACACGCUCACGCUAAGGAAGGGAGGCAACAACAAGCUGAUCAAAAUUUUUCAUCGCGACGGGAAGUACGGCUUUUCGGACCCCUUGACUUUCAACUCUGUGGUUGAGCUUAUCAACCACUACCGGCACGAAUCCCUCGCCCAGUACAACCCCAAACUAGAUGUGAAAUUGCAGUAUCCUGUGUCAAAGCACCAGCAGGAUCAGGUGGUCAAGGAGGACAACAUCGAAGCUGUGGGGAAGAAGCUGUUCGAGUACCACCAGCAGUACCAAGAAAAGAACCGAGAGUACGACAGACUCUACGAGGAAUACACAAGAACAUCGCAGGAAAUUCAAAUGAAGAGGACUGCCAUCGAAGCCUUUAACGAGACCAUCAAGAUCUUCGAAGAGCAGUGUCAGACUCAGGAGAGGUACAGCAAGGAGUAUAUCGAGAAGUUCCGGCGCGAGGGCAACGAGAAGGAGAUCCAACGGAUCAUGGUGAACUACGAGAAGCUCAAGUCGCGCAUCAGCGAGAUCGUGGACAGCAAGCGGCGCCUGGAGGAGGACCUCAAGAAACAGGCAGCUGACUACCGCGAGAUCGACAAGCGCAUGAACAGCAUCAAGCCCGACCUCAUCCAGCUACGCAAAACCAGGGAUCACUACCUUACGUGGCUCACACAGAAGGGUGUCCGGCAAAAGAAGCUCAACGAAUGGCUGGGCAUCAACAACGAAAACAAUGAAGAUCAGUACUCGAUGGUGGACGACGAUGAGGACUUGCCGCACCACGACGAGCGCUCAUGGAAGCUCGGCAACAUCAUCCGCACACAGGCCGAGGCCCUUCUGCGGGGCAAGAGAGACGGAACAUUCCUGGUACGGGAGAGCAGCAAGCCCGGCUGCUAUGCCUGCAGCGUGGUUGUGGACGGUGAGGUCAAGCACUGCGUCAUCAACAAGACGCCCUCGGGCUACGGUUUCGCAGAGCCCUACAACCUGUACAGCUCGCUGAAAGAACUGGUCUUGCACUACCAGCAUACGUCUCUCGUCCAGCACAAUGACUCUUUGAAUGUCACGUUAGCGUACCCUGUUUACGCGCAGCAGAGACGAUGAAGACUUCCUUCAACGGGAUAAACAAAAAACUUGUCUCCUGCUCCUUCUCCUCCCCACCCCCUCACUCGACUGCAGGACUUUGGGAAGUGUGCAGGCAUUCUGACAAGGACGGAGAGGAGCUUGGUUUGGAACGCUGUGGGAGAUGGAGAGAUGCCUUUUGUCAGGGUGGCUGGUGGACAGAUGGGUGAGGAAGAUGAAAGGGGCUGUGUUUGCCUUUUUCUUUCCACCCUCCUCCCCUUUUCAGACUUUAACUGGGAAGAUGAACGAGGGAAUGUGUGUGAGAGAGAGAGAGAGAGAGAGAGAAAUGGAAUGGAACCCAAAUACACACACAAAUAUAUAAAUAUCUAUAUAUUACUAUAUCUAAAGAGAAAAAUAAACAUUUCAGCCUCUGAGACGUUUGAACUGGUGCCGGGCCUGAAUGUAGUUCCCUUCCUCAUGCGCUCCUUUUUUUUGCCAGAGUGCAGUACCAAGAGGAAACUGUGGAACUCCUCUCCCUCCUCCUCCUCUCCUCAUCCCGUUCUCUCCUCUCUCACCUCUCAUCACUCUCUCUCCAACCUAAAAUGGAGGACGUCGGAGGCCUUUUCCAAAUGGUGCUUGUUCAUGCUAUAUCUGAUGGAAUUUCGUUACGCAGUUCAACCACCGCCGCUAUCCUCCCAUCACCUGAUCCCACACUGGCACCACCUGCCUAAUAGUGGGCUUUAUGUUUCUAACGUUUCCUCCACCUCCUCUUCCCUUGAGCCCCCACCUCCACCUGCCCCCCUUCCCCACCCCCCACUCUAUUCAGGUCUCUGUGUGUGUGUGUGUGUGUGUGUGUGAGCGUGCCUGUGUAUGUGUGUGUGUGUGAGUGAAAGUGGUGUGUACAUUAGUGUCGAUGUGACCAAAACUCACAGUAUCUGAAAGCUAAGAUCAUCGUCGGGGUGCUUAACAUUUGUGAUGUUUAAAGAAACGAAAACAAACAAAAAGACUCUAAAACAGAAAUGGACAGACCAUGAAACAGCUGAUAUAUGUAGCAAGAUGGCACUUUUUUUCUCUUUUCUUUGUCCUUUUUUUUUUUGUUGGAAAAUUUAAAAAAGCAUAUAUACUCAACCUGUUUCUCAGAGACUCCUUUGAGACGUCUGGUCUCGCUGGGAGUGAGUGAGCAUGAGGCAGUGGGCUCAGCCUGUGGCAUUUCUCCUGUGAUAACCCCCCCCCCCCCCCCCACACACCCCCUAUAGGACAGACGCUGGGCUCUUGGCUCACGAACGGACUGGUAGAAACAGUGUGACCGCAGCCUGCAAUGGAAAAGACAAAAAUCUUUCAUUAUGAUGUACAUACAGUGAAACCUGUGAUGACGAUGACUUAACCGUAUUGUACCAAAAAAAAGCUCAGUUCCUAUUUUUUGUUUCUCAGUUUAUUCUAAUCUGCUAUGCAAUUCUGUAUCUCCCUCCUCUCAGCAAGAUCAGUUUUUAUUUUACAUGUUGCUACCCAUAAUAUAAGCAUGUUUUAUUUGCUUGGAAAAGUCUCUGUAUUUUUGCCCAUGACAAAUAUCUAAGAGGAUAUAUUAAGUGUCAAAAUGCCAAGAAAGUAGUCUCAGUUUUCAAACCCUAAAGAAAAGAGAAACAGAUUUACUUUUAUUACAGAUGUCUUUAUGAGAAUGCAGGUGUAUAGAUGGAGAGAAGAAAGAUGAGCAAUUUUAUUAGUUUUUUUACUUUGAACUACUGUCCUCCUGGGUAGAGCCAAUGGGGGGGGCCAAUCUUAGUCCUUCUUCAGCUAUAACGAAAACUGUCAAGAAGCCAAAUCAACUCAGUUUGGUUUUUUUACAUUUUUUUUCCCUAAGCAAAGCAGUAUACAGUGAAGACAUGCAUAGCAAACACAUGAUUAGUAUAUUCCCACGUUGCUCUAACAUGAUUUUUUUUUUUUACCUUCCGAGAGUUUUAUUUUGUGAAAGUUUUAAUUUUACACUUGUGAGGGAAGGAGAGAUAAAAAGAGUUAGUUUUGUGGAAUGGCAGAAAUAAUCGCAUGCUCAGUUUGGAGACGGGGAAGAAAAAAGGUUUCCUUCUCAUUCCUUGGUCCAUACAGUAUUUUUUCUGUAUCAGAAAAUUCUUAAUGAGUGUUUACAUGGGUGUGAACGGGCUCAUUUCGACUAGUGGCUGAAUGCUUGUGACCAUGCAUUGUUUUCUUGACCUAUGUUUUUGCCACCGAAAAAAAAAAGUUUAAAGAAUUUUUGUUUUUAAUAAAUGUACCAAAUUAGACACAUCUUUCUUUUCUACAUUUUUUUCUCUCAUCUAUAACAGUAUUUGAAGCUUGACUAAUGUUCAAGUCUGUAUUACAUAUGGUUUGCCUUCAGUGCAAAUCCUGAGUAAAGUACACAAAUUAUAUGCAGCACUUAACCUGCAGUAUAAAAAAAAGGCUUACGUUGUACUUCGCAUCAGUGAGUAUCAGUAUAAAACAUGCAUUCUUCUGAUUCGUUAAUAGUGUUCUGGUUUGUUCCACCUUGUUCUUUAGAUCAUUUAUUCUCAUUUUUGAACAAUCAUCACCUUUUUUUCUUUUGUUCUGGUUUAAUCAUUGAUCAACACGUUAUACUCUAAUAUUACACCACUUUAGUUCCUACUGGGCCUGAUUGCCUUAAAACAUAUUAAGAUGACUUUAUUUUUUACAAGGGUCAGUCCUUGUUGGCACCUGUUGCAAAUUCCCUACAUGCGUGUUUAUCCCUACUAGAAACAAUUCUUCAAAAAUGUGUAAGUGGAGAAUGAUUUGUGAACAUGUUUUAUUUUUGUUUCUCUUCAUUAUCAGUCUAAUUCUGCCCUUUUGCUUUCAAAAAAAUACUUUAGGUGGAUGUAGCAAAUGUCUUUUUUUUUUUUUUUCUUUCUUAAUUUUACAAAUAGAAGUUGUGAAAUUCAGGUAAUCGUCACACCUGUCUUAACUGGCAGAGACUUGAGUCAUUGGUUGCCAAUGCCAAAAGGACUGCCUAAGUAGCAGGUGUGAAGUUAACCAUGCCAUCCUAACUAAUAUCCCACCAUAAGCAGUGUGACCAUUGGGCUUUUGUUAGCGUGGACUUUUAUUCACUGCACUCACGUUAGAGAGUUGAAAUCCAGGAGAGCCGAAACUUGAGGACGAGUAGGCUUUUAACAGUCCUGCCCCAGUUUAUUCAGUUAAUUAAAAUGAUCAACUUGAGAUUCACAGACAGCAUUCAAAGAAAACUAAGCACUGUUUUUAAAUAAGUCUACUUGUCCUAUUUACAGCAAAUAUUUUUUGUUCUCUCCCUUUAACAUUUGUUAUAUCAUUGUAGUUUUUUCCAAAGGUUUCUGAGGCCUUUGAGUUAUUUGUUCACAUAGUUGAAAGUGUUGUUAGUUGUUUGGCCAUUGUUUCUGAGAAAAUGCGGCACCAUUUUUUUUAAAACAACAUUUCCUCCCCUACUUUUUUUUUUUUUCCUUUCUGUUUUCGUUUCAGGCUUGGUUUACGGUAAACAUGAGAUGAUUGUGUCAGAAAUAUUGAGAUUAAAAUUUACCAGUGUGUCCCAGUUUUAAAACUGCUUAAAAACCUGUAUGGGCUUUGUGAAAAA